UAACAUUGCAUUUUACGGUUAAGCUGGGUUGAAAUUUUCAACUUGAAAGGAAGUCUUUCGUUUUUCGUGUUUAUUUUGUAUAUAUUUUGAAAGACUUACAUUAGGAAAACUGCCCUCAAAUAGUGUACAUAGUUAAAUAGUUUAGCAAAAACUCGUUUCUACAAUAUGGCGAAUAUGUAUUAAAUAAAUAACAAUAGUCGGGUGUAAAUAUGUGAUUGUUCUGUUAUCAUGUAAUAGUAUAAGCGAAACAAUUAUAAAAGUCUUCCUUGUUCUGCUUGAACAGAUGUGUGACCCUAUUUUGGACGAAUUUACAUUGCAAAAAAUUAGAUUUCAAGGUUAUCGCCCGGAAGCAAAUGCAAUCGCUCCUGAUUGUAUUCCAAAUGGAAUCUUCCUAACAGACCCUAAUGUCCUUGGCUAGCUACAGAAGACAACAAUUUGGAUCAGACACUAAGAAAGGUUAUGAAAAUCGAUUGGACACCUGCAUUUGCCAAAUCAGAGUUUGCACAACUGACCAAAUGUUGAAAAAAUGUAUAGUUUUACAACAUAAACUUCAAAAUUUAGGUGACGUAACCCGAAGUUGGCGUGAUGAAAUGUUUUGUGCCAAUAAAAAUCCCGCAAAGGGUUUUAUACAGUUCGAAAAGACCAUGCAUAAGGAAACUUUUAUAAAUUCAAAAAAUACUAAUAAAUUAAACCAAAAAUUAAAUGGAACUGCAAAUGAAACUAUCAAUAAAACAGUUGACUUACACAACAAAAACGAUGGUAAAGAAUAUGAUCUGGUUCCGCCUGAUGGUGGAUGGGGUUGGCUUGUGCUUUUGGGUUCGUGUCUGACUAACAUCCUCAUCCCUGGAACUAUUAAAAGUUUUGGAGUACUGUUUUCGGAAUUCACCGAUGCUUUCAACUCUUCACCCACAAAGGCGGCCUGGAUACCUGCUUUGUGCUAUUUUCUGUACAGUUCGUUGGGGCCAGUUUCGAGCAUACUGUCUGUAAAGUACUCAUACCGCACAGUCACCCUACUUGGUGGAGCCUCUGCAUCACUGGGAAUGAUACUCUCCUUUUGGGCAUCAUCUAUUGAGUACUUGUACAUCAGCUAUGGCGUUUUGGUCGGGAUUGGGGCUGGGCUUUCUUUUCCGCCCACUGUCUACAUUGUGACGUCGUACUUUUCGAGACUACGCGGAUUAGCUAAUGGCCUAUGCAUUUCCGGUAGCGCGUUGGGCAGCAUUAUUCUUCCACCCCUUCUCCGCUGGCUACUCGAGACUUACGGCUAUCAUGGCUCCUGCCUAAUCAUGGGAGGCAUUACGCUGAAUGUAUUUGUUGCUGCUCUUUUCUAUGAGCCUGUUGAACAGCACAUGAUUCGAAUACCUCGUGUAUGCCAGCUUUUGGAAGACAUUCCCGAAGAGGAAGACAUUGGCAUUGUAAUGAAAUUUGAAAAUGUUGACGAGUCUGCCCCAAAAAACGAAGAUACUGAUAAGCAUCUGUUAAGUUACAACUCACCUCCGUCACCACUAUAUCUACCCGACGACGAGAAACAGUUUGUGCGGAGCGCGUCCGCAGCGGUUGUUCAAAGUUACUCGAAGUCUGGAGACGAGUUUCAGUCUCGGUCUCGUAAGAUCAGUACCCCAAUUAGGUUACCCCAAAGAAACCAAACAUUUACGCCUGGCCAAUUGAACUCGCAGUCUUCCUUGUACGCAGUGCCCGAGGGUCGCUCAAGUUCCAACAAACUUACUCUGCGGAAUUUAUCUAAAACACGGCUCUCCAAACGCUCACCGUCAACCAGUAGUUUUUUAUACGUCAGUACGCCAUAUCAUGGAAGCACAUUGUCGUUCCAACCAAAAGAAUUCUCCUCCCAUUUGUCCAUUCGCUCUGUGGGUAGUAGUGGAAUAGGAGGUGCUAGCGGCGACUUGGCCAGACAAGAUGGCGCUCAUGCUGACGUCGAAAGCCGAGGAAAAGAUCAGUAUCAACAACGAUCGAAAUUUUUCGAUCUAAGCCUUUUAAAAGACCCUAUGUAUUUGGUCAUACUUAUUUCAAAUUCGACAAAUGCCAUAAGCUACACAAAUUUUAUAAUUUUGCUGCCUAGUUUUGGAGAAGCUAGGGGGUUUAACAAAUCGUUAUCUGCGUAUCUACUUUCCGUUGUCUCUGCUACAGACCUAAUUGGACGUAUCGGAGGAUCAGCACUUUCAGACAUGGGAUACAUACCCAAGACUUGGUACUUUGUUGGCGGUCUGUCCAUAUCAGGUCUUUCCCUUGCGCUUUUGCCUUUCGCAUGGGCUUACAGCUCGGUAUGCUUCUGGUGUGCACUGUUUGGCCUAGCUUCCGGAAUCUACGUAGGAAUCACUGCCGUGAUUAUGGCAGACAUGCUUGGCACAGAACGAUUGACUUCAUCCUAUGGUAUCAGCCUUUUUGUCAAUGGUUUGCUGCAGUUGGUUGGGCCGCCGCUAUGUAACUACUGGUUUGAAGCAGUCAAUGAUUAUAAUCCUCUAUUCCAUGCCUUGGGCUUGACGCUAUUAGCUGGGGCCAGCCUUUGGAGCUUUAUGCCAUGGAUUAGUCGACGCAGAGCGAAAACGAUAAAACAACUAGAUGCAAAAGUCGAAGAAGACGCUGUCGAUAGCAACUAAACGGAAGAAAAACCUUUCGUGUUAAACGACGUACAAUAACAAUUAGACUUUAAGCUUACAAUGGCGUAUUUACAAAUACAAAUAUAUGUGUGCAUGCGUUAAACGGCCAGGACAAUGAAACAACAUUAACGUUUUGGAAUUCAAUGAUUUGUAUUUCAGCUUAUUCGUAGUUAUUACUACACUGAAUUAUAUAUAAUAAAAUUAUUGUUUGGUUAAUAUCAACCUUAAAUAUCCAGGCCUUAUAAAAACAAAAAAAAAUAUAUACAUUUUUUAAUUA